CCAUCAUUAUGUCCGUUAGAAUGCUCUGCUCUCUAUUUUCUUUCUAACAAAAAUGCUCUCCCCCUUUUCUUCCUUCCCUUCGACUACAAAUUCUUCACAAGAUCACUGAAUUCCUGCACUUUGAUCUUCAUUUUUGGCAUCUGAUCUCCUCCGGAGCAAUGGCGGUGUCCAAUAACACAUCCUCCACCGACGGCGGUGUCAGUCUCACCUCGAAAACACCAAUAUUUGGCCAAAAACUCUACGUCAUCGUCGCCGUCACCGUACUAAUUGUUACAGCUGUUCUCGUAGCGAUCUUCUGUUGUAUUCGUCGAAAUUUGAAUUCUAAACGACGUCGUAGGAUGCGCGUGAAGCACAGCUCGGGAUUGUUGCCGUUGGUCUCGGAGGCGAUCAACAUCGAGAAGAUUGAGAAAACAUCGAAAAUCAGUGUUUUUCAGAAGGAUGAUAGAGAGAAGGAAGAGAUUAGACCGAUAAUCAAAGUUGUUGAGGGUAAAUUAGGGAAUACGAAUUCUGGUAGUAAUGAAUCGGGUACGAGUUGGAGUGAAGGGGCGUCAACGUCGUUGUCGGCGGAUGGUAUGAAUAAUUUAGGUUGGGGCAGGUGGUACAGCCUGAAUGAGCUUGAAAUUGCGACGAGUAACUUUGCGCCGGAGAAUGUGAUCGGAGAAGGAGGGUACGGAAUUGUGUAUAGAGGUGUUGUACGAGAUGGUUUUGUGGCUGUGAAGAAUCUUCUGAACAACAAGGGUCAAGCAGAAAAGGAAUUUAAGGUGGAGGUUGAAGCCAUUGGAAAAGUUAGGCAUAAAAACUUGGUGGGUCUCCUUGGAUUUUGCGCAGAUGGUGCUAAAAGGUUGCUUGUGUAUGAGUAUGUUGAUAAUGGAAAUUUGGAACAAUGGUUGCAUGGUGAUGUUGGACCAAUAAGCCCUUUAACAUGGGAUAUUCGAAUGAAGAUUGCAAUUGGGACAGCUAAAGGGUUGGCAUAUUUACACGAAGGAUUGGAACCAAAAGUUGUUCAUCGUGAUGUUAAAUCAAGCAACAUUCUCCUCGAUAGAAAAUGGAAUGCAAAAGUUUCCGAUUUUGGACUUGCCAAAUUAUUAGGAUCUGAAAAAAGCCAUGUCACCACACGUGUAAUGGGCACAUUCGGAUACGUGUCUCCCGAUUAUGCAAGCACGGGGAUGUUAAAUGAGUGUAGUGAUGUCUAUAGUUUUGGAGUUUUACUUAUGGAAAUGGUUACAGGAAGAAGCCCCGUUGAUUAUUCUAGAGCACCCGGAGAGAUGAAUUUGGUCGACUGGUUUAAAGGAAUGGUGGCAAGUCGUCGUGGAGAAGAAUUGUUAGAUCCCAAAAUUAGCAUACAACCUCCUUCAAGAGCUUUAAAGCGCGUAUUGCUCGUGUGUCUUCGUUGUAUAGAUAUGGACGCAAAUAAGCGUCCAAAAAUGGGCCAAAUCGUACACAUGCUUGAAGCAGACGAUUUCCCUUUCCGCACCGAGCAUCGUCCGCCUAGAGACACGGGUAAGGAAAUGGACGAGUAA